AGAACUGUGUUAACAGCAGGAUAUUAAGAAUAAGUUCAUGCGUUGACGUAAUAUUAUUGUUUUUGGUUGGUCUACACGCCUAUUCAAUAAAAUUAAUGAGUACGGUAGGUUAGCUACACUUUGGCCCUUGGCCUUUGGCUUUGGCUUUGACUUUGACUUUGGACACUUUGGUCUUUGGUGUGACUUUGUAAUUCAUAAAUUAAAAUAUAAUACUAUAAAUUCUAAUACUAAUACAGUCAGUAAUAAUAGUAUUACAAUACAGUAAUGACAGUAUAAUAGUAUAGUACUAUAGUAUUAGAAUUAAAUAGUAAUUUUUCACUUGUUGAAAAUCCACUGCAUGGCCAUGUCUUGCACACAAAUCAUCAAAUGUGACACAUUUGACACAUGCUGCUUAGGUCUAGCCUAAGUUGUAGACCCCUGGCCCUGGUCCAGACGAUAUGGAGAGAUCUUCCAUUAUUCAUAAUUGAGGUGUUCUAGUUCUAGUGAAGUUUUUAAAAACUUCAAUACAUGGACCACAGCAGUAAUCAUACAUUUUUUUCAUAAAUCAAUAACCCAAAUAUUUUAUCGACUGUCGGAAGGGAAGAUAGCACAUUAAUUAAUUAAAAAUUCUAAAAUGAGAUCACUGGUUAAUAAUAGCCCUUAAUUUGUUAACUAAAAUAUAUAAAAUAAGAUGUUACUAUUAUCCGUUUUUAAAAAUUAACAAGCAUCCAGAUGAUAUAGAAUAUAGAAAAUCUGAAAAAAGUGCCUCUUAAAUUAAAUGAAUAAAUAUAGGCCAACACAUCUCUUUAUAUUCUGAAAAUGUCGCCAUUUAUUUAAAAUGCUACUAGCAGCUGGUAACCCACUCCCUAACUGGCUAUUAUCAGUAUAUAAUUCUGCUGGUACUUGUAUUUGUACUUAAUAUUAUUGAGAAAAACAUGGUCAAGUAGCCUUUAUAAUAUAAUAAUUUGAGUCAACGUUUUUGCAUGUACUGCACAAUCUAAUUAAAGUCAUACACAAAUAAUGUAUUAAGGUAAAAAUGUAAACAUUUUAAGCCCUUGUUAAAAAAGGUGAACCAUAUGACAUAUUUUGCAUAUACUGUUAUUUUCUUUUAAAGACUCAAACAAAAACAUAAGGAUCUUUACGCCAUAUCAAGUCUUAUAACUAUGUCACAAAGAAGAAAGAAAAAAAAGGAUAUUAGUUCUAGCACAAUUAGAGUCUUGCAAAGUUGCAUGCAUCAUACCUGUUGUGAAAUUACUCUUAUAGUAGAGGUGUAAGAACAACUCUCUGAUGAGUGUUACACCUGCUUGUGUCUAAGGGUAUUAGAUUAUGUCGUUUUCACACACCAAGGGCCAUAAUAACAUACCCAUUUUUACCUUAACUACCAAAAACUUUAUAUUAUGAACAAUGGCUUCCCGUAUAGCCUAUGUAUCAUCAUAAAGGUUGCUUUGCUUUAUAUCUCAAUUGUAUAAACUCAAUCCUUUCACACUUAACUUAUCGGUCACUCAACUUAUCGGUCACUCGUGCUGAUCAUCUAGCUUGAACAUCUGACUUGAUCAGUCACUAGUAGUAUGUGGAGGUGGCUCCUCCGAUUCUUCACUCCGUGGCUUUUCAGGGCGAUCACAUAAGUGGGCUGAUAGAGCGGCAAACUAUGAGCAGCUCCAAUGAUCUGGUUAGAUCUUGCACAAUAGUGAGAUCACUUCAACGUUGAAGUGGAUUUUCGGGUCCUGUCCUUCAUGGCUUCUUGGGGCGUUCACGCAAGGGGACGAACAGCAAUGCGAUGCAGUAGAAUUACUUCAAGGUUGGAAGUGAAUUCUUUAAUUCUUUAACUCGUGACUUUUCAGGUGGAUAAUACCAGUCACAACUGUACCUUCUCGGAUUACUCUUCCCCAGUACGCUGUGGUGGGUGUAUGUAAGACUUCUCUUUGGGAGUAAAGUCCAUCAGCACGCAGUCCUUUGGUUGCAGGCGAUGAAUUGGUCUUUCAGAUGUGGCUCCUGGGCGGGGUUCAUAGACUCAGGCCUCAGUAAACCGAUUCCUCAAUUCAGCUGUUUAGGUGCGGUUGACUAUACUGCAAUAGUACGGCGAUCUAGCAACCAGGCUAUAUGUGAAUGAUGAUGCCUCUCCAACGGCAAAGAAUUCAGAUCGAGGCGUCAAAGGAGAUAUAAUUUUUACAGUGUUAAUAUCCAUUCUGGAUAGCCUUAUUCAUCUUCACCAUUGUCGGCACAAGUAUGGACGGCUAGCAUUGACACAUGGCAAUGAAUCUUUUCAUACAUAAUUAUACAAUAAAUUAAUAAUAUAUAGGAUGGAUUAAUAUGAUAUAUCCAAUCAACUGUAAUGGAUAACAUAAUGGCUAAUAACUAUCUAGUGGCCACAUCACCAUCCAUACAAUGGGAUGAAGUCUAGAUAAUCAAAACUCAAAAUGGCCGACACAUGUCCUAUGAUGAAGGCACGUGUCAAACAUUGAGAAAAUAUAAAGUACAAAUGAAUUAAUUAAAUUCAUUCCGAUCAGAAAUUCAUUCUAAUCAGAAUGAUAAUACAUACAUUAAAAAUUAAAUGGUUGACCAACUAUGUACAUGGCAAUACAAAUAUUUGUACAACUCACUAAGUCUAGAAAAAGCCGGCUUUACGGUGCUCUUAGUUGGCUGCUGACCUAAGAGUCGAUGUGGAAAAGAAAGAUUUUAGUUAUGCAACGGCCUUUUAUAAUGAUUCUAUUCUAAUUGAUUAUUGGACAAUCACUACCGUGUGAUACAAUCACUAAUAUGUGAUGUCCAAGUCCAAUGAUCUUAAUAAUUUGAUGCGUGAUGUAAUCCCUCAUCCAUUGGGCAGUUUGUUUUCUUGGUUCGAUUCUUGGUUCAGCACUUGAAUACUUAACAGUUCAUUGACUUUUCACACGAGGUAGACAGUGAUCAGGGGAAAUAACUCGUCCUGACCUUGAAGGGGGGGGGGGGGGGGGGGUUUCUAAGUAGGUUGUCGUGAGUAAAUGGAAAUUUUCAUGGCGGCUCCAUUUCGUCACAAUACCUACUUGGGUUCAUAUUUGGUACAAUUUCAUAAAGACAUCCAAGAUUUAUUAAAACCAAAUCAAUUUGAAUUUAACAUCUUGAAAGUAUUUUUUAUAGACAGAUUAGCUUUUAAUCAGCCGGAAAAGCCUAUUGUCUGCCAGUAAAUCAUGCAAAACUACAAACUUUUUCAUCCGGCAAUAUAAAAUUAGAUUUAAAUUAAAAUCAGUUCCAACCCUAAAACAAUCCAGCUAUUAGGACACAUAACCUAUUGCUUUUUUUUUUUUUUUUUAAAUAAACUUUAUUUUACAUUUCAGAAUGAAUUUUACUCACGAAUUUAAAUAAGCAGUGAAAAUGCCUAAAUGCAAGCAAGUUGCCGGAAAGAAAAUUGCAAAAAUUAAAAGGCAAUCCAGUGCCACACCAAAAUUAUUUAGCAUAUUUUUUUUUUUUUUUUUUUUUAAAUAAACUUUAUUUUACAUUUCAGAAUGAAUAUUACUCACGAAUUUAAAUAAGCAGUGAAAAUGCCUAAAUGCAAGCAAGUUGCCGGAAAGAAAAUUGCAAAAAUUAAAAGGCAAUCCAGUGCCACACCAAAAUUAUUUAGCGCUACUCACGAAUCAACUUCCACUACCAGAAGUUAUUUAGAAACUGAUCUAAAUUUAGAAGGAGCAAGAGCAGGUAAAUUAGCAUCGUAAAUGUUUAUUAAGAAUUUUGUGGUUUUAUUUCUUGUGAGCGAGGGAUAUUAUGCACUGUUGAUACCUUUUUACAAUUUUUCCUUGCCAUUCCCAUCCACUUACACUCUCUGUUAACGUCCCUUUUCUAUGUGUACUUCUCUGUGAUUAGGUAUUGCCAGGUUUACAUUUUUUAUGUAAUGACCGAGUAUUGCCAGGUUUACAUAUUUUACAUAAGCUUCACUGUUUUUCAUGUAAACUUCACUGUUUUUUAUGCAAGCUUCACCAUUUUUAUGGUACUUUAAAAGAUUUCUCAUAUUUUAAAUUUAUCAUAGAACAUCUUUAUUUUUGCCUGAAAACAACCCCCCCCCCCCAACUUUGGCAAACCUAUUGUGCCUGUUAUAAAAUGACAGAGUUUUUUAUGUAAACAUUACUUUUUUUUUUUCAAGCUUUCCCAUUUUUAUUGUAAUUUAAAAGAUUUUUUAUUAUUUAAAUUUUUCAUAGAACAUCUUUAUUUUUUCCUGAAAAAAACCCCCCCCCCCCCAACUUUGGCAAACCUAUUGUGCCUGUUAUAAAAUGACAGUAAAGAUGAAAAAGCCUUAAUUGCAAGCAAGUGCUUUUGUGUUGACUUUGGUCAAGUUGUGAUCAAAAUUUUCUUGACCAUCAUUAUGAAAAAAAAUUAAAAUGGGUUGUUCCGUGAGGAUUGGAUCAUGUUUUGUUUUAGAAACAUAAUCACAUAGUGAGAAGGAUCUGCAUUCCUUCUGAAAUAAUUCUGUCUCUGCUGUGUAUAUUUCAUUUUUAUAGACCAUAUGGAUAGUAGAAACACAAAAUAUACUGGGAGACAGUUGCAGUAGGCCUGGCAAGUGUUGGAGGCAUUAGUAUUACUUGGGAGACAGAAUAGGUGCAGUAGGCCUGGCAAGUGUUGGAGGCAUUAGUAUUAUUUGGGAGACAGAAUAGGUGCAGUAGGUCUGGCAAAUGUUGGAGGCAUUAGUAUUAGUUGGGAGACAGAAUAGGUGCAGUAGGUCUGGCAAAUGUUGGAGGCAUUCUUCUUCCUACAGGCUUAACUAGAUUUUGGCAUGUCACACCAUUACUACUUAUCCAUCAGCCAUGAGCCAUGGUUAAAACAAGUGCUUGAACAAAAUGUGUUAUAAAACAUCAAAAUAAUGAAACAUCAUUUUCCAAGAAAACAAAACAAUGCAAUCUCUAUCUUUCUAUUCUUUAUUUGUUUGUUUAGAUCAGUUUGAAUCUGAUAUCCCCGGGUAUUACUAUGAUAAAGAAAAGAAGAACUAUUUCAAGAUCCUUCCCAACACCAUGAGUUCUAUCAGCUCGUUUGUCACAAAGGAAACCGUAAGGAAACAGGAGGCAGAGAAGCAACGUUUGUCUGACGUACAGAGACUGGCAGGCAGAGGCCAUCGGGGGUCAAGCUCCAUGCAUACACUAGUGUUGAAAGAAAAAUCAAAUAAUCAUCUGGUCAAUGUCUUGAAGAGUGUACAGUGUGGUCAAUUCACAUGUGAGAAUCUCUCGACAUAUGUAAUUAGACAGAUGUGUUAUAAUUUGCAGCCUGUUGUUGAAUGGACAAAUUAUUGCCCAUCUCAGCCUAGGUAAAUAUUUUAUCAAAUUAUUAAAUUAGUUAUUGUUAUUUUGGAAGAUCAGGAAAACUCAAUAAUUAUCUUGCUGAUAACUUAGCAGAAGGAGCACACAGAAAGCUCCUUGCUUCAAUAAUAAAAAAAAUUAAUUGGGUCUUCCCUUACAUUCCCUACUCUCUCUAUUUACCUAUUCGUUAUAACUUAUUGAUUAAAUUUGUCUUGGAUUAGUUCAAUGUAAGGGCAUAUUCAUGUUGUUUUAUCUUCAAGCCUAAAUCUAGAUGAGAUUCAGAAGCUUGAGCUAAGUUCUAAGAAAGACAAACUGGUCAGCGUAACAUCAGUGAAGUCAUGCAUAGCCCAGUGUAUUCAACUGAUGAAUGUUAAGGAAGAGAUGUGUAGGAGCUAUGGAGGAGACAAGAAACGGACACUUGUGAGUGUUAAACCAUCAGAUGUUGUAGUUGGACCAAUCUAUAAGAAGAUCAGCAGUCUGUGUUGGGCUCAGUUGCCGAGCUUGCCAGGGCAGCAUACCAUCCUCUAUACAACAGUGUGCCCGAUAGGCUAUAUGCCCAGUAUUAUUUAUCUCUGUAACCUGGACGCUGCUACAAGUGAAUCCGUAAGUACAAGUGCAAGCAUAAGCUCUUGAUUCACAUGGGGUGGAAGUGAAAAAAAUGUCUGUUAAAAGUGGGACAGGACAAUAGCUUCAAAAUAAUUAGUAAAGGCUUUAAUUUAGCAUUGCAUUUGUUUUAUGAUAGUGCAUAAUUCAUUAAUAUUUCAGCAUUGCUAGAUAACAAAUGAUUACAGUGACUCAUUUAUUAAAAGCUCAUUCACUAAUCCAUUUUAAUCUAGUACCUAAAAUUACUCUAAUACUUGAUACAUGGUUAAAAAUAUUGUGUAAACAACCUUUUUCUCCCCCACUCUCACAUGUUGUCAUGGACUUCUUUUACUCAUUAUGUGCAGUAAAAUUUUAGCAUUGUACUAGUUUGUUUAGGAAUAGAAUAACAAAAUAUUUUGUGCAAAUGAUCAACUCUUUUCGUUACUGCAAGUCAGAAGGAUUUUUUUCCCCCUACAGAUGACUGUUUUUGAGUUAAACCUGGGUUUUAAGAUAGUGUGGUCAACAGCAUGGAACCGUCACCAGUCCAGGUUUAGUGUUGGCUCAGAGCGCAAGUGUCAUCUCAUCGAUGUGGCUACAAGACGAAGAUGGACCUAUAACACUUACAACAGUGAUCCACUUGCUCAAAUGUUUUCACCCACUGUAGGUUAUAAAACAUUUUCCACUAAUUAUACCUUAUUAACAUUUUAAGGCCAAACUUAUUUUAUCACUAGUAGAUGAGAAGCUUGCGUUCUUGUGAUUUAAAGAAGAUUUGCUUAACUAUACUGUGAUAAAUCCAUUUUUAUCAUUGAAGGCAUUGUUGAAGUGAUGGCUUCAUCCGCCAAAAAAGGAUAUUAGUUUGAGAAAUGGUACCAAGAGUUUUAGCUGCACAAUGAAAUAUUUUUUAUAUUCUUCGCUGUGGAUGGUGGUUAAGUAGCUCCUUGUAUAGUGAGCUGUCCAGCUUUGCUCGAGCAAAAACAUAAAUUAAAAUUAUGAGCAAUGACAUUGUUGCUAAGAAACUUUAAAAAGGCUCUACAAAAACCUUUAUCAAGCCCAUGCAUCUAUUGCAUUUACAAUACUUGAUCAGAAAAAAAGAUAGCUAUCUAAAAGUCUGGCUAAAUAAUUAUCAAACUUAAACUUGGAAAAAAAGCUAAGGUUUAGCUUGAUCAAAUUGUUCAGUUUAUUCAUGAAUUAAUUAACGUAAAAAAAGGGUUAAUUUGCAUUUUGAUUAAAUGUUCCCAUGUAUGUUUCACUUUGACAUUUAGCCAUGUUGUAUCUAACAUACGGGGUUGUGUAACUUUUCAUAGUAACAUGAUGUAAGACAGGGGCGAGCUCAGGGUGAGUUCAUGGUCCCAAGGGGGCGGUGACCGUAAAAAGUUUGAGAACCCCUGGUCUAAUACAUGGCUCUCGAAACAGGCAUACCCCAACUAAAAAACACUUUUUUUGUAUAUUUUUACAUAUCUACAGUACCCAAAAGUUACAGUUAUAACUUUGAAGUUAUGGUGUUGUUCUUACUUAAAACUUAUGUUGUAUAUUGAAAUAAGUUUUAAGCAUUUUAAAUUUAUUUUUAAUUUCACAUUGUUUUGAUAGGCUGAGGGCAUUUAUAAAGUCAUAUUUAAUAGUGUCAAAACACAUUGUUUUGAUAGAGUGAAGGCACUUGUAAAUUCAGUUUUAAUAGUGUCAAAACAUAUGCAUCCAUUCAAAUACAUGCACAAGGGGGAAAAAAUACAGUGAUUCAAUUUUUGGACAAUGGUUAAUAAACUGAACCUCUUCAACCAGAAGUCUAAUUGCAGAUGUGCCAGUAUAUACUUUAUGGGGUACGGCCGGGAAAAAUAUAUUUUCGGAGAGAAAAGAGCAAAUGAAUUUGUUCAUAUCAUUUUCGCUUUCAUAACAAUUGUGGUUGUCAAGGUCUUUGGAAUAUGAUACCGUGAAUUGAGAGGAAAGAAAUUAUUCAGAGUAAAAGUAUCAAUUUUAUUUUAAAAACUAUAUUAUUGAGUCUGUUUUAAAUAGCCCUACUCAACUUACUGAAAUAGAGUUUAGAAACAACCAAAUGAUUUUGGAACCAAACCAAAUUGGAAAAAGUAAGUAGUAAGCUUCUCUGAUUUACAAAAACUUGGACAUACCCUGGUACCCUAUAGUAGAUACAAACUCUAAAAUUAAAUGCUAACACUUGGCAAAAGAAUAAAAUAGGAGAUGAAGAAUAAUUCCAUUAAAACUCCAUCAAUGCUUUUCAAAUCUUAUUUCUUUGUGCACCAGCUCUACUUUUGGAUGGUCACCCAAAAUGUACAUAUAUAUUUAUAGAACCUUUUUAAUGAAAACAAUAGGAAAAUAUAAUAUUCAGGUAAAACGUUUUUGGUCAGACUUGUUUUUUUCCCCCCUCAUUCUGUGAAUGUUCUUGUCAGAACUGUAAUGUCAUGUACAAUGGAACCCGAGCUGGGCUGAUUCUGACACAUGAUGUUAGGUCUCAAGGUCGGCCACAAGCUGAGAUGAGGCAGCAACAUGGAGUUGGGUGUUUGCGACAGUUGCGAGAUGACAACUAUAUCCUGGCUAGCGACUUCUCAGCUACUGUAUGUUUUGGUUUUUGCUGUAGUUUUUUGCUGUGUUUUUAGUUUUUAGACCUAUCUUAGAUACUGUCAUUAGCUGAAAACAGAGGUCAGAACAAUUAUUUAUGACUUAUGUGUCCGAUACAUCGACAUCACUCACAAGUUGUUAUAUCCACUAGGGAUUAAAUAAACUGAAGAAUGACUUCAGAUAAAAACACAUUUUGGAUAUUUAUCAAUAUCAAAACCAGUGUCACACAGUUAUUGCAUUUUAAAAGUAUGUUGUUGUUUUUUAACUAUAUAUUGUAAUGAGUGCACUGGACUUUCAAAACACAUUGAGAUAUAGAAAUCCCCUUUUUAAUUUGCCCAACAGAUCUGCACAUGGGAUCAGCGCAUGCGUAAAAUUGUGAUCAAAUACAAAGGCCUGGUCAACUCUCAUUACCAGUUGCCAUUUCACAUUGAUGAGACAGAGACAGUUAUUUGUAGCAGUAAAUAUUGCUCCAAUUUUUCAUGUCAUUUGUUUUCUCCAAUGUUGUCAUCUUAUAUUGCUCCAAUGUUGUCAUCUUAUAUUGCUCCAAUGUUGUCAUAUAAUUUUGUUUGCCUGCAAUGUUGUAAGCAGUAAUUUUUUUAAAAUGUCAAUUUAAAUUAACUUUGCAGAAUUAUAGCAUUUUAUUUGAUGCUUAUAUUUAGAAGUUUUUUUUUUUAAUGGGCCAAAAUGAGAGAUUAUUUAAUUUCACACAAAAAAUGCAUUACAAAUUACUUAUUUAAAAAAAUUAAUAUUAAUAAUAUUAUGUUUGGAAAGCAAAUGAAUCUUUGAAUAAGUUAAAUAGUUUUAUCAAUUGCUAUUGUGGUUAAUACGAUUUCACAAUAGCUUGAAUUAAAAUUAUCACAUCUUUAUAUAUUUUAUUUCCUCCUACAGCUGGGUCUGACAGUUACACCAAAAUCUGGGACUGCCGAAGUGGUGAGAUGUUACAAAGUCUGCCCCCACCUUAUCCUGUUUCUAUUGACAGUUUUCCAAUCACCAUGUACUCACAGCAGUGGGGGAACAUACCGGGAAACACUGGGCUUAUUAUGGCAAUGAAUAACAAAUUUAAAAUCUAUUCUUAAAUUUAACAGAUUAUUUUAAAAUGAUCUCUAUACAUGUCAAUGGUUUGUAAAAAAUGUUUAUUAAAUGUUAAAUUUAAGUACAAAAUGACAUAUCUUUCAUUUAAAAUAACAACUAUUUUCAAUAGAAAUUUUUGUGAUCAUGUCAUAUAAAAUAGACAGACAACUCUCAAAACAAAAUUUUAAGUUCACCUCCCUUGAAAUAAAUGUUACGUCAUAAAAAAACUGACCUCUUUACAUAAAUAUCUCAAGUACAAGCAUAAAAUAUUUUAUAUUCUGUUUCAUAAAUAAAUAAUGAGGUCACAGAUUUCAGGUAUUGCAAAAUAUCAAAUUAAUAUUUAAACAAUUACAUGCUCAAGGAAAUGCUCAGAAAAUGUAAUACAAUUUUGAAAUAAAUAAUUUAAGGCAUUUUAUAAUAAUUUUUUGAACAGAAAACAUGUCAAGGAAAUCUAUUUGUGACACUUGAAAUGAUUUGUACAAAUUAAAUUUGAACUUCAAGUUCUAAAGUAGGUACAUUUUAAGAAUUAAUAUAUUCUGGUUGCAUUUCAUAAGCAGUGGCACUAUUACUAUUAUAUAUGUUUAAUAAUCAUACAAUAUUUUCAUAAAAGGUUCUUAGCCUUUAUGGAAAAAAACUGACACAUUAAGGAAUUCAUAAAUCUAUGGACCCUGAUGGGUUAGUGUUAAGUACACCUGGUCAAUGAAAGCCUUGACAUAUACUUUGUGACCCCAGCAUUUGACACAUGUAGAAUAUAAUUUUUCUGCUAACAAAGCGUAGGAUGUGGUAAAUACAAAUUGUAAAUAUAGUUUUUAUAAUGAGAAUGAGAGCCAGUCAUAUACUAGUGAGAAAAAUCAACAAACCUGCAAAAUAAUUUUUACUUACUUAUAAUAGUGCAUGAGAAAAUUUAAAAAAAAAAAGUUUAUCCAGAGGUAAUAAAAGUGAAAAAGGAGAUUUUUAAAGAGACUUUGUACAUUGAAAAACAAAAAAAGGUACAUAUUCCUAUGGACUUUUCAGCUACAUCUGAUUGUGAAAAUAUAUACAAAAUGAAGGUUUAAUAACACAACAAAAAAAUAUUAAACAGUGGCUGCCAAUCACUUGAACUUUGUUUACAUUUAAAAAUGUCAUUCUCACACUUGCAUGUAAUUUUACCAUGACACAUCAUAUAGCAUUGAGCCUCCCUCCAAUCACUGUACUUUUACCAUUCAAGAGAAAAUUUCACUUUUUUAAAAAUCUGCAUAUGAACUGGUCUUCCUUUUUUAUUUAUUAAAAGUGAAAUAGCAUUGGCUAAUCUCCUGAACAACAUUGCUAGAUGCCUACAACACACCUCCCCAAACCUUAACUAACAGAAUAUAUGAACAUUUUCUUUAUCUGCCACUUGAAUUGUUAGAUUAACUAAUUACAUAAUUUAUAUUUCCUUAUGUGGUCAGUCUUAAGUCAUUUGAUUAGUUAUAUUGUUUUUUUUUUGCCUGUGAGAUGUGAGUGAAGUGGUUGGAUAAGCCCAUUUUGUAAAUGAGACAUGUUAGACAUUAUGAAAGUAAUUUUUUGCUCAAAAAAAUAAUAUUGCAUGCCCCCAAAGAGUUAAUAAUUGUUCAAUUCACUAGAAAUGUAAGCUCUAUUAAUAAACAUUCCAUGGUAUCAGUUUCUCAUAUGACUACCUCCAAGAUUUGGACAUGAUCAGAAUAGUAACUGGUAUCACAAAUGGGUGUCUGUGAAAACUGUUUGUUCUUUUGUGUAGCUGUAAGUGUGUCCGCUAGAGCUGUCGUCGUCCAUAUCAUC